UUUUCUGUCGACGACUCGGAGACCUUCGAAGAGGUCCGACGGCUCAGGGAAUUGAUAUUAGAGAUAAAGAGUUCGGACAACAACGACAUCCAACCGGUUAUCCCAAUCUGUGUCGUCGGCAAUAAAAGUGAUUUCGACGAUAAAAGAGUCAUAAGAAAGGAAGUGGCGGAAAGUGUGAUAUGUCUGGAUUGGGAGAACGGAUACGUGGAGUGUUCGGCCAAAGAGAACAAGAAUGUGGUGAAAAUAUUCCAGGAGCUGAUGAUUCAGGCGAAAGUGCCUUACGAUGUCGGGCCCGCCAUCGCCAAUGGGAAGCCAAGGAGAAGCUCUUUACCCGAAUGUCCCACAAGUCCUGUCAGUAAAGACAAAGGAAUGCCUAAACGAAACAGUUGUGCCGUCUCUUAAACAAGUCAUCGCCAGAAACCGGAACCGAAGUACGCGACCAUCGGAUCGACAGAAACACGAUAUAAAACCAACUCAUUUGACUCUCGACUCUCAUUUAAAAUGAUAUUAGAUUUUAGCCAUCAUUUAUAUAGCGAUCUAUUUAUUGAUACAUUGAUAGCCAGUAACCAAACGAAUAUUACAAUUGACGAAAAAAGAAGUCUCACUUUUUAUGUUUGUUUCGCUUUGGAAUCGAUAAUCCAUUUCAUUUGUGUGAAUAGAAAUGUAUAAUUCAUUCAUUAAACAUAAUAAAUACAACAAAAUAAAAAUACAUGCUUUACUACACACA